GUGACAUCGACCUCAACAGCAACGAGAGAAACAAGCCAUUCGAACGGAACAACCCGUACUGUUGAAGAAUAAUCGCAUUUAUAUUCAUACACUUUGUCUUAUUAUGAGAAAUCAUUACUGUCAUCUAUUUUGGUUCCCAAAGACUGUAAAUGUUGACUCCCGAGUCCUUUCGAGAAAAGUAUCCACCACAGUAUCGGCCACCAAAAUGGUCAUUUGAAUAUGAUCUGGAGAAYUSUCGCCAUAGCGUAAGACUAUACUAUCAAGAAUCUGACAAUCUCAACAAUGUGAAGAAGUGUGCAUUGCAGCGGGACGUCGUCAACAUUGGAUACGAAAACAAACACUUUGUCGUUGAUCAGGAAGGGAACAUCGGAUACAACAACUCRAAAUCUGGGUACACGAAAUUAUGGAAUGCGAAUACCGAAAAUUUGCCGCCAAACUUGGCUAUCUACACAAAGACACCAGUUUCAUUCCACCCUAACAAACUCGAUGAGCUUCCGAAACCUCUACAGUACCGGCACGUCAUYAACGUAAUCGGGUACGGAUUUGAUACCACACAUCAACCGGAUUACCAAUAUUUUUCCAAGAAUGGUUGGGGAAAACUUCGACACCAUCUGACCAACACGAUGCGGUACGUGUUUCAAUGCGCUCUCGAUCUUUGYCUUCCUACCGUUGUUCUUUCCUACGUUGGUGGAGGKUCAUUCCUUGCGCUAUUUGGUGGGGACUAUCCGUCCAUUUUCGUGAACGCCGUCAAAGAUGCUCUCGAAAUGUCAGCGUUUCAAGGGAAAGUCGAGCUAAUGGGUCAACCGACCUUGCCCGAUGAACUGAUCCAAAAACUAAAAAAAAUCGCCGGAACUCGAAUUUCUGUCCUCGAGGGCACAUGGGAGAAUGCGGCUGCCCUGGUUCCAAAGGUAUGGGAAGGAAAAGAGGCAGAGARGAAACUAUUUGUGAACGCGUGGGAUCCACACUCGCACGCCGGAAACGGAAACAAAGGGGACCCAUCUCUCGAUGGCUACGUCGGACGCCACAGUGCGGUGUCAUACCUUUGCUGCGUUGAUCUCAAUCCACACAUUCUCGAGAACAUGUACGCACUGCCGCUCCCAAAAAGUGGGCGACAUGGUUUCCACGAAUGAAGUCSCACGGGRCAKUGGCGCAGAAACGUGUCGGUUUUCUUGGCAUUUAUAGAGAGGACCAUGCAUCUCUCCGAGGCUCGGCGAGUAUUCGAUCAACCAUGCUCYGGAMAAAUAURCCGACAUUGAAUCACUGGGUGCGUCGUGAMAACUAGAUGUCCAAGAAAAGAGGAUGGAACGAUGKACUCAACGACGACCAAGGGRYAGCCUGGAGACUUCGUCACUUGUUGUUACUUCUGGUUCAAGCAUUCCGAUCCGCCGAAAAAWCGUGCGCUGUAGACUAUGCGAUYCCGUUACUCUGUUCAUACAUAUACGAUUGAUUCUUCUGGAGGAGCCAGWAUAGUACAACAUCCUUAUCAUGCCACUGGACGAAAACUCGCAAAACAAAUCGAGUAUGCAGAAGUUCWUUAAUAAAUUCUGAGCCGAGUU